GCUCCGGGCCCGGCGCCCUUCUCCCUCCGCUGCCCCCGUGCCCUGGCUCCGCUCUAGCCUGGAGCGGCCGCCGCGAUGGCUCCGGCCGCCGACCGGGAGGGUUACUGGGGUCCGCCGACCUCCACCCUGGAGUGGUGCGAGGAGAACUACGCUGUCUCCUACUACGUCGCCGAGUUCUGGAACACAGUGAGUAACCUGAUUUUCAUUCUACCUCCAAUCUAUGGUGCGAUUCAGACCUAUAAAGAUGGCCUUGAAAAACGGUAUUUAGCUGCAUAUUUGUGUCUUACAGCUGUGGGAUUGGGAUCUUGGUGCUUCCACAUGACCCUGAAGUAUGAAAUGCAGCUGUUGGAUGAACUGCCAAUGAUAUACAGUUGUUGUGUGUUUGUCUACUGCCUGUAUGAAUGUUUCAAGUACAAGAAUACAGUCAAUUAUGCACUGCUUUUCUUGUUAAUAACAUACAGCGUCGUAGUCAGCAUAGUUUACCUAGAUUUGAAAGAGCCUGUAUUCCAUCAGAUCAUGUAUGGAACACUAGUUUCCAUCAUAGUCCUAAGAUCUGUUUAUAUAGUAUUAUGGGUAUACCCAUGGCUUAGAGGUCUAGGCUAUACAUCUUUAACUGUAUUUUUAAUGGGAUUUUUUCUCUGGAAUGUGGACAACAUUUUCUGUGAUAAAUUGAGAGCAUUACGAGAGAAGAUGCCUCCCGUGGUGGGAGCUGUGACACAAUUUCAUGCAUGGUGGCAUAUUCUCACAGGCCUUGGUUCUUACCUUCAUAUCCUGCUAAGUUUAUAUACAAGGACACUUUUCCUGAAACACAGGCCAAAGGUGAAGUUUGUUUUUGGAAUAUGGCCUGUUCUUCUUGUGGAGCCACCCAAGAACCUUUGACUGAGCCCCGGCAGCCACACACGAUCACCUGGCCUGGCUGAAUAAAGCAUUUCAACAGUUACUCUGGCUGAAGUGUCAAAAUUAUGGAUCAAUCCAAGAACCAUUGCUAUUAAAGGACUUCUCUGUGCUACGAGUCCAGGAACAGAGCAAAGAGCUGGCACACUAGGGAAAUAGCACUUAGUACAGCUUUAUUCUAAGUUGUUAAAACAAAGAUUAAGACACAAAGGUUUUAUGUAUAUAUUGUAUAGCGGAUGAUAUUGAUGUAAUAUUUCGUGCUGGUCACAGAAAACUAACCAUUUUUGAAGUGGAUUGCAUAUGUUUUUUCAUUCAGGUUUUGCUCUUUCUGUGGUAUAAACUAAUACUAGUAACUGAAUGACAAAACCAGGCCAUUGAUGGCCAGGCUAAGCAUUUGUGUGGCCUAUAGUGAACUGAAUGCUUAACCCAAACUACUAUAACCUUGCACUUUUAUACAAUUAAUGAAGUAUGUAAUGGUUGAUUUAGGCCUUUAUUCUACCUUGCUUUUCCAGAGCCUCCUUUGCAAUUUAUAUUUUAAGCAAAAUGGUUGGGAUACCUGUGCCAUUUGGUUAAUUUUGUACCAAGCUUCCGUUUUCUCUUUAGUCCAACUGAGAGAUUCAUCAUGGAGGAUGUUCCAAAGUGUGACCAGCAGAAGACACUGAAAUGGUGAAGCCUUAUAGGUGUUCCUUCUUGUGUCUGGAAACCCAAUUCCUAAUUUGUUUCACCAGUGUUUCAUCACAAAACUGUACAGUGGCUGUAGAAACAUAAGAAACACUCUUUUUCAUUUUUUUGUAAUUGUUAUUUACAUACCUUCCUUUUCUAUCCCUUUCUUUAACUUCCCAUUUCCCAUUCACACAAUGGAAUCAAAUGAUUGACAGACACCUUAGAUGUGCUCCAGUUCAGCUUUGAAUUAAUCUUUCUCUUAUUUUACAAGUCUUAAAUAUGGGUCUGACUUUCAGAAGCAUCUUCUUAUUCAGAAACUUUGAAGUAGGAGUAAAGAACAAGACUGAGGUUGAGGAUAUCCCCAAAUACAGUGGCAGUGCUUUGCUUGCUUUUAAUCUAUCACGUGCUUGGUCUGUGAGAAAGCUGACCACCUUUUAAAACCAAAUUUAGGGGAUUAAUGGGGGAGACAAACCCUGUUUUCUGCAAUUUUUAUAAUACCCAGCUGAUGAAAGUUAAUAAGUAAAUGUAAAGAAAACAUUAAACUAACACAGUUUCUCAAAAUAUACCUCAUAUGAAGGCUGUGGUUUUGACGCUCUUGAUUUUGGGGCAACUAACAGAGGCUAUCUCUGUGCCUACUUGCUGCCAUUCUAUGCAAUUUUUGUCUGCUUUUGAUGCUCUGAGGGAUUUAUCCUUCUUGCCAUGAAGAAAAAAAGGGCAACGUUCAGACUGAUCCAAAAUCCCAUUCUGUGUUGAUUUACAAAGUGCUCACAGCAGCAAAGCAUGGUAAUGUAGCUGUAAACCUGUCUCCCAGGUUUCAGAAUCCUGACUAUUGAACAAUCAGUGCUGACUAAAAUAGUCUCCUCCCUUUAAGGUAUUUUUCUCUGUUGCAGUUUCUCUGCAUCUUUCACAUCCAUCAGUAACUCUCCUACUGAUGUGAACCUCCAAAUAAAAAUGUGGCUUCUGUUAUGUGGUGAACCUGGACCUUGAGAUCAAAUAAUCCAAACUCUGGGCUGGAAAAAGAUAUUUAACCUUGAAGUGAGUUCAAUGAGUUUUAAGCAUGUGCUGAUAGCAAUGCAUUUCAACCUGUACACCCCUAUAAAGACACCUGAAGGGUAAUUUUAGAACAGCUUUGGUAUCAGUAGGCUCCAGUUCCAUAGACAAGGUCAGCAUCCGUAUUGGGAAAUUUGAGUGUUCUUCAGACUGAAAGAAAUUAGUAGAACUAACAGAGAGCUAGUAAAAAGCUGUUAUGGAUCAGGUCUCUUUAAUUAUCCAGAAGGCAUAUUUUUUGUAAAGAGAUUUGAGAACUGUUUCAAAAAUGUAGCUUGAAAAUAAGUGCCUGCCUGUUCACCUCCAGGCUUUCUCAAGCAUUUUUCUGCACACUGUAUCCCAUUUUCUUAUUUAGUAUGUUUUCAUGUGUUCAUAAGUUUUAAGAGAAGCAGUGCAGCAGCAAGACAUAUCAACAGUCACUUGUUACAUCUGCUAGGUAUGAUAUUAUUUUUGUGGCUAUGAAAAAAACUUUUAUUUUAGUGACCUUAGUUUUGUUACUGAAGGAUCUGGGGGCUCUGUUUAUUUUAGCAAUUGCAAGAACCAGAGUGUCUUGAAAAGCCACUUUCUUAUUGAUCAGGCAUCUCUACAAUGGUAGAUUUUAAAGAAAUUGGUUGAUUCAUCUACACAUUUGGAACUAGGAAGUAUAUGAUGGGGGGAUUUCAGAACUUGUUGAAUUGUCAGGAUUUAAAAAAAAAAAGUUGGAAAAGCUUAUAUAUUAAUUUUAUACUGCUGUUUUUCAUUCAUGUAUUGUUUGUCAUUGAUGUUUUUUUCUUU